AUGGCUUCGAUUUCUGUCUUGGAUUUUACUCAAAAAUACGCGAGCGCUGACAUUUUCUCUCUCUCUCUCACACACAUAUGCGCACAAAACACGCAUUACACAGUGCUGGAUCACUCGACUGCGCUCGCUUUGUACGUGAAAGGAAGCCGCGGGCGAACAGCAGAAAACGAACUGAAUAAUAAUAACUUAUGGGAAUACCGAGGUUGCGUGACGUUAUCGGAACCGUCGAACACGUUCAACUUGACGUGGCCGAUCGACCCGGGCACUUCUCAAUUUUACGAGGACGCUUCGAUAGGCGUUUCUUUAGAACCACUCGAGGAGUGUUUACAAAAAGACGCCAAAAUUAGUGGCAGUAAAGAGUUGUUCGCGCAGCGAGUCGCGUUAGAUUUGUGGAACUUUUUGAAGAGUUUCACCAGCGGAAACGAGACGGAACAUUUAGUCGUUCCGAGGAACGUUUUCGAUAGUUGGUAUCAAAAGUUUACGACAAAGUUUCGACGGGAUCCGGAUUUUUUAACCCGGAAUGUCAACGUCGUUUGA